UCAAACUGGUAGUUUCGCCCUGUAGAAUGGAGGAGUAGGUGAGAAGACUUAAAGGGAGGUGUGUUAGGGGGAAGGGGGGAGAUAGAUAGCCUUUAAAAAGCAGAUCAAAACAGGUGACACAUCUCAUUCUAGAGGAAAUCACACAGUGUUUGGAGGGUUUGGAUCAUGGCUUCCACCAUGUCGAAUGAUUUUUUGCCCACAGGUGGCAGGAUCUUUACUUCCAUUCCUGACCUGUUUUUCAUCCCUGAAUUUGUGUUCGGGGGUUUGGUGUGGAUGCUGUUGGCAUCGGCUGAGCUCAUCUAUUUUCCCAACCCUCUGAGUUGGGUGAUGUUCGUGUCUCUCUUCUGCUUCAUAGUGACGACACUCUGGUUCUUCAUCUUCCUCUGCGGAGCCAAUCAGAGCAGCAUCUGGCCCCCCCUGGAUGUGGGUUAUCAUUUUGUAGCGGUGGUUUUCUACCUCAGUGCGUCAGUGAUUCUGGCUUACAUCACCUUAUUGAGAGGAGUGAUUGGUGAUCUAAAAAUAUACCGGCUGGACAUUGCUGCAGUGGUGAUGUCUUAUGUGGCCACUCUUCUCUACUUCCUGCAUGCCAUUUUCUCUGCCAUCCGAUGGAAGAGGUCCUAAUAAGUCAAAACACAAACCAAGAACAAUACGACCAAAAUACGUAGAAACCAAUAACCAGCUGACUUGUCUUUUGACUAAACGUUCUUUUUAUUUCUGUCAGCAAGAGUAACUUGCUUAUUAAAAUUGUUGCCAAAGUGAGUGAAUGAGUGAAAACAAAAGGAAGGUAUUGAUAAAUGUUACUUAUUGUUGGUGGCCUUACUGUACAGGUAAAAAUCCCAUACCAUGUAAACAUGUAUUACAGAUGAAUAAUGAAUGCUAGGAGUUUGCCUCCAGCUUGCAGUGAACACUUUUACAAAUGAAAGUGACAUUAAAGCAUUUCACUGGAAAGUGUAGAAGACAUGUAGUAGUAGAGCUUAGCAUUAGUAUCGCACAGUACUUUCAAAUUGCUAAUAAAUCCUCAGAGGCAUUUAAAAUCUGACAGUUAUUUAAAAGAUUUGUUUCCUUGCAUGUUUUCUCUAUGUUUACAAUGAACAAAAUAUAAAUGCAUAACUUGGAUAAACAACUCCCCUUGACAAGU